AUGAGACUUGUCAUUUUAGUAUCAACGUUCUUUAUCUUAUUGUCUUUAACAUCUGGUGCACCCCAAUCUAAGCUGCAGUUUGGUAAUGACAACAAGCAAGUUCUGGAGGAGGUGGUUGUUGAGUCAGUCUUACACAUAAAAAGUCCAUCUGGCCGACAAGCAAGAACUAACACAAGGACGAACCUACAAGAUGGCGCUCGCGUCGCGGAAACCAAACGGACGAAUAACAAUUAG